AUUGAUUGCUGGAAGGUGAAGUGUCGCUCUCUCUUCUUUCUCUAUUUCUGGUGCACGGAAACAACAACAAAAAACUGCAUAUGCAUCAACUUAUUUUCAACUUUUCCUCCUUCCUCCUUUCUUCUUAUUCUUUCUCUCUCUCUCUCUUCUCCCUUCUUCUUCCUCUCCAAAUCUGGGUUUUUCUCAAACAUAUUGGACUGUAAAUCUCUCACUUCUCAGGUAAAGUGAACUCGCCUUUACUCCUACCAAUCACUUCUUUGCUUCAAUUUCACUCCACUUUUCAAAAGGAAUCUAAAAUGUAGUUGCUCUUUCAGAGAAGAAAUAAUCUGUGCAAAAUUGGAGAAUGCUGACUUGCAUAGCUCGUUCUAAAGUAAGCCGAUGAUGACUCCCUCAUUCCGCCGGAGGAAUUGAGUGCUUCCACUACACUGGGACCAAAAAAUCAAGCCAUCAAAUCUCUCUCUUCUCCCUUCUUCUUCCAUUCCCUCGGUAAUUUUCGUUCCCUCGGUAGAUCUGCAAAUCGCUUCAGAUCUACGCCAAACUCUGGCCAUCCAUGGCUCUCCUACGACUACUUCCUCUGUUUCUUUCCCUUUUUGUUUCUCUCUCGGUUGCUAAGAUCCAGUUCUCAGAGAUCCACUUCGACAACUGCCCCAUAAUCCCUUUCGAUAAGUUUGGAUUCACCCACACUGGACGUUUCGAGCUCACCGUCUCCAACAUUGACCUCUCGAAUCAAAAACCUCGAUCUUUCCAAGGUCGGGUUCUUCCUCUGCACCAACGAUGCGUCGCUACAUGUGCUCCAGCAACUCGAAGACAACAAUAUCUUGUACGCUCUCCGAUUCGACCUCGUCAAGCCGGUGUUUUCCUUUAACUCACUCAACGAUAAAAAGUGUUUUCAUAAAUUUGAUAGUGAUAGUAUAGUCAUCUAACUCCUUGUCUGCUUAAGUCUUAUGUUCUUGAUGUUGUGAGAAAGGAGGCAGAGAACUGUGAUUUGUCCCAGGCGCUGGUGCUGGGUUCCUUCGAACCCAGUAGGGAGGGGAAGGAGAAAAAGGAAAGAGAAGGAGAAAAAAAAAGAAAUUUUUAUUUAUUAA